AUGGCAGCACCACCAGCCGCAAUGCCACCCUUCCAACCACCCCUCGGCCCACAACCCGCAGGUCCCCUCUACUCUGCGAACCAAGUGACCCUCCGUAUGAAGGAAAAGGUCUUCUCCCUGUCCGGCGACGACUUUACAGUCGCAGACGUCAACGAAACUCCCAUCCUCAAAGUCAAAGGCAAGGUCGUCAGCUUGUCUGGCAAGAAGACGUUUACGGAUCUGCAGGGGCAGGAGUUGUUUGUGUUGAGUAAGAAGUUGUUGAAGUUGCAUCCGACUUUCACGGCGGAGAGUGCGGCGGGGUGUAAUUUUGAGGUGGCUGGAAAGUUCUCCUUCGGAUCGAGUAAGAGUGUGAUUACAUUUGCCAAUCAUGCGGAUAAGGCUCCGAUUGAGAUGCAGUUGAAGGGUGAUUGGUUUGAUCGCAGUGCGACGAUUAAGAUGGGGGAUCGGCCUGUUGCGCAGAUUCAGAGGAGUUUCAUGAACGUCAGGGAGAUCUUUGGGUCCAAGCAGACGUACUUCGUGACGAUUGCGCCGGGUGUUGAUCUCAGCUUGAUUGCGGCUAUCUGUGUCUGUUUGGAUGAGAGGGAGAAUGAGAAGUAA